AUGGUUGGACAGAAGGAGGGGGUCCUUACCUACAGGGUGACUCAGGUGGUGUCCGGGCAUGGUUGCUUCGGCCACUACCUGCACCGCAUCGGGAGGGAGCCGAGCACCCAGUGCCUGGACUGUGGUGCGGACGAUGAUACGGCCCAGCACACUCUUCAAGAGUGUAAUCGCUGGGCCGAAGAAAGGGCUGCCUUGGUCGCAGCCAUAGAGGUGGUAGACCUCUCGCUGCACAGCGUCAUAGCGGCGAUGCUGAGCAGCGAGAGGAAAUGGAAUGCGAUGGCCUCCUUCUGCGAACAUGUCAUGUCACAGAAGGAGGCGGCGGAGAGGGAGCGCGAAGCGGCGGCUGACGCGCUGCCUCUCAGACGCAGACGGCAAGGGCGAAGGCGACGAGCGUUCGUACGCCAAGACCCUUAG